CUGAGGACAGACGUUUCCUUCGAAGAAAUCGUAGAACAUCGUUGAAGAACGUUCGACGUUCAUCAUGAACUUCCUUACAAUUUUGCUCGUAAUAUCUCCUAUUUACGUCACUGGCGAUGUACUCGGUGAUCUGUUAGGAGAAGAAUUGUACCUAGUUGAUAAUAUCCGAGCGAAGAGACAGACUCAUGCACAGCAACAACAGAUCAGUUACAGGCCUUAUUCUCAAGCACCAGCACAGAUCAAACAAUUAUUGGCUUCUCAACAAACCCGUGACCCAUUAGUACAUAUACCCGCUCAACCAGCACCACAAUUGUCAAACGGACCAAGACCAGAACCAGUUUAUCAGAGUCAGGCUCAAGUUGCUUCCUAUAGGCCAGAAGUUCGACUAGGUUCAGCACCUCAGCAACCAACUUACAAACAAAUCCCAGUAGCUCCAGCUCAGUACAGACCACCGGCAGGUGCUGCUCAAGCUCAGGGUCGUCAAUAUACACCACAAUAUCAAAGUCCUGCUCCUCGGGCUGGUUAUCAACCACAGGCACAGGCACAACCACAAUACUCGAAACAAUUGCCCUCGGAACUUCGACAAUUAUUACAAAUCCAAGCUGGCUUGCCUAAUGCCAUUCCGCAUGGUCGACAAGGUUGAUUUAAUCUUUCCUUGAACGAUCUUUUUUUAUCUAAGUUUAUCUAUUUUUCUUUCCCGAUGCUUUUCUUUCCUUUCAUUUUUCUUUCCUUUUCUCUUUAUUUUGUUUCUUCUCGUGCGUUCGUCGUUUUUGGAUAUGCGUCAAAGGAAUAAACG